CGACGCCGGCCAACUUCCCGGACAUUGACCCGAGGCUCGAUUCAAUCCAACCGCCGACCCCGGUCACGACCGAAACCCGCCAUCUUCACCAUCACCAACUUGCACGACGACCACGAUACACGACGCAAGGGGUAACUAAGGCCCGAUUCAUCUACACCACCACAUACAUAAUCUCGUCAGGUCUCGGCAUCUACUGCGGUCCCCCCUCCAACCCUCCAGGCCGAGCGCCUUAUCGUCGUCCUCCUCGACACCUCCCCCCCGAACCGAACCGUUCGCGAUGGCCUCCUCUACCGCCUCCCCCUACCCCUUCGCCACCGCGCCCGAUGUCAUCCGCGCGCAUCAAAAAGACAGCUACUUCACCGGCCGCCUGACGCAAGAACUCAGCGACCUCUUCCGGCGGCUGCGCGGCGCCCGCGCAACCCACGCCGCCGCGCCGGAGCUCCGCACCGCAGCGACCCUCCUCUACUACGUCCUCACCACGCUCCCGGGCAAUCGCACGCUCGGCGAGGAGUACUGCGACCUCGUCCAGGUCGACGCCCGCGACGGCCGCCUCCCCGCCGUCGACCGCCGUGCCGCCUAUGUCGCCGGCUCCAUCCUCCUCCCCUACCUCAUGGGCCGUCUCCUACCAGGUUUGCGCGCCCGCCUGCGCAAGCUGCUCGAGCGUCGCCUCGCGUCGCUACGCUCCCAGGACAAGUCGGACUCGCGCGAGGCCCGCAUAUGGGACUACGUCUCCCGACACAUGACAUCCCUAACCUCGGCCUCGCCCUUCCAGGCCGUCGUGCUCGCCCUCUUCUACUUCAGCGGCACCUACUACGAGCUGGCCAAACGCCUGCUCUCCUUCCGCUACGUCUUCACCCGCACCGUCCCCGACUCCCCCGACCGCGCCGGCUAUGAGCUGCUGGGCGUCUUGCUCGUCGUCCAGCUCGGCGUCCAGGGCUACAUGCACGUCAGCUCCAACCUCGCCGACGCCAUCGCCCCACGCGAACGCGCCUCCUUUGUCUCCGGCGACGUCUCCCUCGACCACGACGGCUCCUAUAAUAACAACAACGACCUGCUGCUCUCGGGUGGCCAAGGAACCCAAGCACGCAUUGACUUGGCCGCGUCUACGCACACGCCGGCCGCCACGACGCCCCGGUUUGAGCUCACCGACGACAAGGUCAUGGGCUUCAUCAAGGGUGGCCAACAACGAAAAUGCACGCUAUGUCUCGACGAGAUGAAGGACCCCGCAGCAACGCAAUGCGGCCAUGUCUUUUGCUGGGAAUGCAUAGGUGAUUGGGUCAGGGAGAAACCCGAAUGCCCAUUGUGCCGACGCGAGGCCAUGGCACAGCAUAUUUUACCCUUACGCGUCAUGUAGUCAUAUAGCAGUCACUUGUAUAGACCAGUCAAUAAUGAAAUGUAACAGAAUGAAC